AUGAAUGUCAAUGCCAUGGGAGACAUUAUAAUUAAUGUUUUUGGAUUGGUUGAUAAAAGGUUAAAUAGAUUGAAAGGAUUAAAAGCCAACACAUUUCAAGAUUAUGAAUCAUUAUUAUCUCAAUAUAGAAAAAUUGUUGAAAUUUUAAAUAAUGCAAAAAGGCUAUUAAAAAAAGAUCCAGAUGAUCAAAAUGUAAUAUCAACCAAUUUAUCACAACUAAAUAUUCGUUUAGAAUUGGUAGAGAAAGAAGUAGCCUUUAUUAAAAAUAAAAUUGAUAAACAAGAGUAUGAUAAUACAGUAGAAACAACUAUAUUUUCACCUGCAAAUUCUCAAAGUCCAAUACUGUUUCCUUCUUCCUCCUCCUCCUCACCAAUUACAACUUCACCAACAAUAUUUUCAUCAACAUUAACAACAACUACAAUUACUCCACCACAAACACCUUUACAACAAAGUACAUCAUCAUCGUCAUCAUCAUCAGGUGGUGAUCAAUCCCCAAUUUUCACUUCAAAUAUUAUUAAAAAUGAUACUCAAAUUGAUCCAUUAGUAAAUCAAAUAUUAGAGAGCAAUAAUAAUAAUAAUAAUAAAUCAACUACUACUACUAAUACUACUAGUAGUGAAUCAAAUAAUUCAAAUCAACAAAAUACACCACCACCACUUAAACCAUUUGUUGAUGAUGCUUCAAUUAUUAAAAAUAAUAACACCAAUAAUAAUAACACCAAUAAUAAUAAUGGUAGUUUUUCACCAAAUAUUAAAAAGUCAACAAAGAAUCAAGCAGUUCCACCUCAUAAUGUUAGUAAUAAUAAACCACCAUCACCUCAGUUAUCAUCUACUGUAUCAAGUAAAGCACAUAUUGUAAUUGAUAAACCAACAGGAAAACAACAACAACAACAACAACAAACACAAAAAGAAGAUUCAAAUUUAACAGUAAAACAAAAGAGUGAAAAGAUUACACAAAUGUUAAGAGAACAACAUUAUUUAGGUAAUAAAGCGCCAUCAUCAUACAAUCCAAAUGAAAUUACAUUCUCAUAUAAGGAGGAGAUGUUAAAAAAUAUUUUAAAUAAUACUGAUAUAAAUAAUCUUGAAGAAGAGGAGGUAAAAGAAAAAGAAGAUAGUUUCUCUUUAUCACCACAAUUACCUUCAAAAAAAACAACAAAUUCAUCAUCAUCACCAUCACCAUCAUCAACACCAACUUCGCCACAACAUUCAACAAUAACCAUUUCAAAAGAAAAGGUUAAUAGUCCAAAAGUGCAACUUGAUACAAAUGCACCACAAAAAACCUUUGUUGAGCCUUUACAAUUAUCAGACCUAACAACAACAACAACUCCAACUACUCCUCCAACUACUCCUCCUCCUCCUCCAACUGCAACAACAGCAACAGCAAAUCCAACAGUAAUUGAAAUUGAAAAAAUAUCAUCACCAAUUCAAGUUGAACAAGUAGAAAAAGUGACAAAAGAAGAAUCAAAAGUAAUAAUUGAUAAUCAAUUCAAAGGAACUGAAGAUAUUAAAAUUAAAGUUAUAAAAGAAGAAGAUAUUCAACAACAAGUAAUCCUAAAAUCUACAAAUGAUUCAGAGAAUAGCAUGCUUAAAUAUGAAGAAACUACAACAACAACAACAACCACUACAACCAAGAGAAUAAUAUCUAAUUCACCUUUAUCAUUAUCUACAUCAUCAUUAAUUAAUAAUGUUGAGGAUAUUAAUAGCAAUAAUAACAAUAGUAGUAAUAAUAAUGGUAAUGAUAAUAAUAAUGGUAAUAAUAAUAAUAAUAAUAAUACAUCAACACCAAUAGUAUUGAAUAAAACAAUGAUAUCUAAAAUUCAAAAGGAAGAAACUUCUAAUAGUAUCAUUAAUAACAAUAAUAGUAAUAGUAAUAAUAAUAAAUUAUCACAAUCAUUAUCAGCAUCAUCAUUAGUUGAUACAUUUUUAUUACGUCAUAGAUUUGGUACAUCUACAGAGAGUUUAUCAAUUUCUCAAUCUAUUCAACCUUACUUUUCAUCAGAAUCAUUAAUAUCAUCAUCAUUACCAAAUAGUGCUAAUAAUAUAUUGAGUAAUAGUUUCAAUUCAUUAUCAUCUUCAAAUAAUAGUAAUGCUAGUAAUAAUAGUAGUAGUAGCGGUAAUACAUCGAUUACAAUUGGUGGAUUUAAGAGUUCACAACAAAAAAUUUCUCAAAAAUUAAAAUUAGCAAAACAAAAUCCAAUUAGAAAACAAUCUGAUACUAAAAUUGGUCAUGCAAGAAGUAAUAGUAAUAAUAUAAUUCGUAGAUCUGAUUAUGAUUUAAAUAAUAGUAAUAGUAGUAAUAAUAGUAAUAGUAAUAAUAAUAAUAAUAAUAAUAAUAAUAAUAAUAACAAUAUUAGUACAAGUCUUGGUUCACUUUCUUUUUCAAAUAAUAAUAUACCAUUUAAUUCAAAUAAUAGUAAUAAUAGUAAUAGUAAUAUUAUAAAUGGUAAUAAUCUUAGUGUGAAUGAUAGUGGUGAAAGUACUUCAUCUUCACCUUAUAGUCAAACUUCAUCUUCACCUCAAACUUAUGCCAACAACAAUAAUAGUAAUAGUAAUAGUAAUAGUAAUAAUAAUUUAAAUCAAAAUGUAACAUCAGAAAUUUUAAUUAAUAGUAGUAAUAAAAGUAAUAGUAGUAAUAGUAUAAAUAGUGAUUAUAAUAGAAAUAAUAAUAAUAAUAAUAAUAAUAAUAAUAAUAAUAAUAAUAAUAAUAAUAAUAAUAAUAAUAAUAAUAAUAAUAAUAAUAAUAAUAAUAAUAAUAAUAAUAAUAAUAAUAAUAAUAAACUCAUUGGACAAGGUGAAAGAUUAGCAUUAUUACAAUCAUUAUUAAAAUCAGAAGAAUUAACUAAUAAUGCAGAGAGUAAAGUUAUUGAUGAAAUCAAUAAAAUUACAAGACAAAAAUCUCAAGAGUUAUAUCAAUUAGUUUGGGAAGUUAGACAUUUGGAUAAAUCAAUUGCUCAUAUAUUAAAUAAUAGAUUACAAAUUUCUGAUAUCUCUGAUAUUGGUUUAUUUCCUGAUCCAUUAAAAGAAAAUGAUAAUAGUAAUAAUAAUACCCCAUUAUCAAAUUUAAAUAAUUCAAAUAAUAAAAACUCAACAUCACCAACAUUAUCAUCAUCAACACAAUCACCAAAUAUAGUAAAUAAAACAACAAAAGCAUCAUCAAUUGAUCAAUCAACAGUAAUUGAAUUAUCAAGAGAAUUAAAAUUUACAUUAGAAAGAUUAGUAGUAUUAUUAAGAACUGAACCAUCAAUUUUAAGAGAUACAUUAAAUAGAGCGGGAUAUUUAGGAUCAGAUAUGGAUAGUUCAUUUAAAUCAUCACAUACAGAUUUAUCACAAGCAAUUGUAUUCUCAUUGUUUGGUAAUUGUUUUACAGCAAUCGAUGAAAAGUUAUUACUUUUAACAAUUAAAUCAAUAACAGAGAUUGAAUUUAGAAUUUCAAGUGAUAAAAGAAAUUUUGGAAUUCAUGAACCAUUUAGUUUCACUCUGUUAUCAACUUAUUUAAAUUAUACUUAUGGUAAACCAUAUAUGAUUAGUGUAUUGAAAGAUUUAGUUGUUUCAAUCAUUCAAGAUCAUAAUUUAAAUUUAGAGAAUGAUCCACAAAAGAAGGCGAUGUUGGCAUCCAUUGGUAUAGUGGAUGACGAUGAUGACGAUAGUGGUCUACCAGUGAUUGACCAACAGAUAUUGUUACAACAAUUCUCGGGUGAAUUCUUGCGUCGAGUUUGUGCAUUGUCAAGCUCAAUACCGUAUGCAUUGAGAUGGAUUAGUAAAGUUGUCAUUGAGCUAUGGCGUCAACAUGUUAAACAACAGAGAAAACCCGAUUUUGUGCCAUCAGAGAUUUCCAAGGUUAGAGAUAAACAAGAGGAACGUGAAUUUAUAAUUAGAUUAAUCUUUGAAAACUUUUUCAUACCUGCUAUAAUCAGACCUGACCAUUAUGGUGUUUUAUCAGGUUUGACAAUUAGUCAAAAGUCACGUCAUAAUUUAAUUCAAAUUGCAAAGAUGGUAUUAGACUUUUUAAGAAAUCCUUCAACAAUUCCAAAAUGGUUAAAUCAUCAUGAAGGUAUGGAAUUGGAACAAAUUUUAGAUGAAUAUUUCAUUGAUCUAAUAACAGUUGAAGAACCUGAACAUUAUUAUCAUCGUCCAAUCUUUGAAUUAGAAUUGGGUCAAAGUUUAUUAGUAUCAUCAACUGAUCUUUUCAUAAUUUUAGAAUUAAUUUAUCAUAAUAGACCAAAUAAUAUUUCUGAUACAAAUCAAUUAACAAAUGAUCAAUUAUUAUUUUCAAAUUCAACUAUAAAUUCAAAUACUACCAACAAUACAUCAUCAGCAGCAGCAAAUGAUUAUUUUAAUCAUGAAGAAGAGAUUUCAUUACAAAAUGAAGUUGUUGAAAUGAUUAAAACUGUACAACCAGCAUCACAACUUCAAGAAGGUAUGAAAUUUUUAGUUAUAAAUGUUGUAUCAAAGAAACAAGCAAGUACAAUCAAUGGUGAUAAUAGUAAAAUCUUUCAAACUGCAUCUGCUCAUUCAUUGAAAUUAGCAAAAGCAAAUUUAACAUUGGCAUUAAGUGUUUUAAAUUUUAUUUGUGGUUAUAGUCAAUCAACUAAUAUUUGUGAACUAUUGCUAAUGCAAUGUGGUAGAAAUAGAUCAAUGGAAUUAAAUAUUUUAGAAGCACAAAUUGAAGAGACAAUUAGAUCACUUUGGGCAUUACCUGAAACUCAAAAACAAGAUGAUUACAAAUCACUAUUGGAUACAAUGUUUGACGAUUUCUAUAAACGUGAUAAGAAAAGAAAUUUAGAGAAACAAUUAAAAGUACUCUACUUGGAUCAAUUACAGCGUCAUAGUGCUCAAAUCGCUGCUCAAAAGAAAAUCAAUAUCGAAUUCCUAACUCAUCAAAAGUUUCGUCAAUUUCGUGAUAAAACAUAUGCACGUUUACAAACUGAGUUUGUUGGUUCGUUCAUGUCAAGAUUUAAUAAUGACACUGGUUAUUGUUCUUGUGUACCUACACUCGAUAGUUCAAUCAUUUGUUCAACUUGUUCAGAGAAAUCUAAAACAAUCAAAUCUUUUAUACAAAGAGCUAAAAAUGAAAUGACAAAUUCACCUUGGUGGAAUAUGUCAAAUACUACCGAUGAUGAAUUUUCAAUUGCUACAAAUACUUUGGAAAGAAAUUUAUUGACCCAAAUUUAUAAUUUCACUUUUAAUAUCUCCAAAGAGGAUUUAACAUUUUCAAAAGAUUUAAUUUCAAAAUUCUCUUCCAUAGAUCAUGGUUUAUUGAUCGCUGAGAAAUAUUCAAGUCAAGCACCUUGGGAAUUGGCUCAACAAGAGAUUAAAAAAAUUAAUCUUUAUAAAUCACCACAAGAUAAAAUGAAAUGUAUCAUUGACACUUGGAAUAUCAUUUUCAACUAUACUAAACCAUUUGGUAGUAGUGGUCCUGAUGACUUUUUACCAAUUAUGGGUUACGUUAUCAUUAAAGCUAGACCUGAAAAUAUACUUUCAAAUAUUCAAUAUAUUGAACUUUACUCUGAGCUAAAUGAUGAUUCUGAAAUUUGGUUUAUGAAUUUAAAAUCUUCAAUUGAAAUCGUUAAAGAAGUCUUAAAAGAUGCAAAGAAUAAAGGUUGGAGAAAAGGUAUAGUUAGUUCAACAACUCAAAGAAUGGAAAAUAUGAGAAAAGAAAUUAAAAAGAAAGAAAAAGAAAAAUUAAAAUCUUAUAGAAUGUCAAUUGUAAAUUUAGAAACAAAUAGUGUUGGUACACCAACAAGUCCACCAAAAUUGUAA